AUGCGUGCGAUAGUUCUAGCAAACUAUACCCAAGAAAAUUAUGGCCAAUAUCAACCCUCAGCAAACGUCGAACUGCCAAAUAAAGCACUCCACAGAGGAUUCUUUGGUGAAGUGAUUGAUAAAGCUAAAGUCUUUCUUCGUUGGGUUCUCAAUGGCAUAAAGAACUUUAUAAAGUCGAUUGCGGGAUUUAACUGGUGUAAAUUAAGAAAAAGUGUUGCAGACAUAUCUGCAGCACUGCGAAAAGUAACACGAAAGCCUGUCCAAAACGAUGAAGAUGACGAUCAAGACUGUAACGGUCCUGGUUCGUCUAUAACUAGUGUCGACAAAGGAAAAGAACAGAAAAGAUGUAGAGAUUGCGUUUCAGAUUGCAAGCCCGGAGCGAAGCGACCGGAUUAUUGCAGUGAUCCCAAUAAAUUUAAUAUAAUGAAUGAUGAUUAUGUGGAACCCACAAAACCUCAUUUCUCAACCGAAGAAGUUGAAGAUUUUACUUAAGAUGGAUCAUUUAAUAACAAUUUGCCCA